AUGGAUGAUAAACGGGAAGAUGAAAUGGUGCCAAUUGAUGUGUCCAACAAGGGUGGUGGUACAUAUGAAAAAGAAAACGUUGCUGUUUGUGCUGUCACUAGAAGUUCCGGAGUGACUUUUCGGGUACCGAAGACGCAUGACAUGGUUCGGUCAUUAUUUGAUCCGACUCUGCGUAAGUCGUUCUUAGAGCUGUGCAUUACAUUUUCUUUGAUAGCUAACUGCUGGUUUUGUUAUUACUGUAACAAAAGGUUUGGUACGAAGUGGGCAACAGGGUUAUAUUUAGGACAAUAUGUGGUUUGGCGUCUAACUUACAAUUUAGGUAUUGGUGUGGUAUUGCAUUUGCAAUCGCAUCAUGAAUUUCUCACGGAAUUCUCUAAGCGGCAUAAGCUGUUUGAUGGUGGCAAUAAUAACUCUUUACUGGCCAGCUUUUGCCAAUUCGAAAUUGCAUCCAAGAUGCCAAAAAACUAUGACUUUUCUAGUUAUCCUCCAGAAUUUAAUGUAUGGUUACUUUUCAGACAAUUUGUUGAUCUAGUACUAAUGCAAGAUUUCACGACUUAUAUGUUAUAUGUCGUGCUAUCUUUACCGAAUGAACUAUCGUUAGAUUUGUUAACGACGAUGGAUUGGACCAGUGCUAGAAUUUCUGUUGGUAUUGGGAUGUUGUUGUUUAACGUCUGGGUCAAAUUGGAUGCUCAUCGUGUGGUUAAAGAUUACGCUUGGUAUUGGGGAGAUUUUUUCUUUUUGUUGCAAGAUUCGAAUUUAGUUUUUGAUGGUGUCUUUAAUAUUUCCCCACAUCCUAUGUACUCUAUCGGUUAUCUGGGUUAUUAUGGUGUUAGCUUGAUUACGGGAGAUUACAGGGUUUUGUUGGUAUCCAUAAUGGGUCAUUUGCUACAAUUCCUAUUUUUGAAAUAUGUUGAAACGCCACAUAUCGAACGUAUCUAUGGGCCUGAUUACCCACAAGACUUGGAAAGGGUUGAUGAUAUCAUAAUUAAAAACAGUCAGAACUAUACUAAACCUCUGAUGUCCCAUCUUUGGUUUUCAAAUUUUGAUCCGCUUAGACCCACUGACUUUUUCACUGUCGGUACGGCUAUAUUUAGUUUUGUUUCAGUGCUAGUAUUGAAGCCUUCUACUAAAACGAUGUUCAUUAUAGCCUUGUCAAUCAAAUUGUUUACAACGGGUAUUAACUUCACAAUCUUACACCAGCAAUCAAAUGAUAAAUGGUUUACAAAGUUGUUUUUGAGAAAUGGUUACACUCAGCUAUAUAGUUUCCAAAUCUGGCAAUUCAUUUUCAAUUUUAACCUGACUGCUUGUUAUGUUGCUUUGAUUUCACAAACUUGGACGCAAUACAAAAGUAUUGAAAAUUCAGACUUCACUACUGUUAUCUUUGGAUUCAUUUUGAUUGCUUUACAAAUGUGGUCUAAUAGUGAAAUUUUAAACGCUAUUUCCGAGUUUGGGUGGUUCUAUGGCGAUUUCUUCCUCACAAAUUACAUUCAGAGACCUAAAUUAGCCUCUCACGGUAUUUAUCGGUACUUAAAUAAUCCUGAGUGUGUACUCGGGAUCGCUGGCGCAUGGGGUACAGUUUUGAUAACAGACUUUUGCCUGGAAAAUAUUAUUCUUGCUACCGUUUGGACUUUAAGCAAUUAUAUUAUGGUUAACUUUGUAGAAUCUCCCCACGUCGCCAAAGUGUAUGGAAGUGAAAUGUUAUCUAGGCAAAGUGGUAUUGGUAAGACUUUAUCGGGGUUCGCACCGUUGAAGCAGGUUUCUCAUUGGCUUGACAAACUUGCAUCUUCAAUGGUUGAGAUUUUGAAUGUCGAUAAGGAAAAUAGAGAGCAAAUAGAAGAAGUUGUUACAAUGGCAUUACAAGCUGCCACCAAAAAAUUGGCUCCGAAUUGUGAGUUCGAGAUCAUUUGUAAUGGUAAACAUGUUCAUAACGAUUUCAUGUUUACUAUUGGAGACAGAAUUGAAAUCUCAUGGAAGCUGCCAACAGAACUAUAUGAUGAAGGCGAUUGGAUAGGCCUUUACAAAGUAGUAGAAACUGGUGAAGACCGGUUUAAGACCCGUGUCUCUUCUCAGGGGCAUUGGUGUGCUACCAACACCACCUACUAUUCUAAAAACAAAUCUUGCAUCAGGGGCGUCUUGAACUUCAACCACGGUAAGAAAAUCACAAAUGGUAGAGUACAUUUCACCCAUGAGUUAUCAUACUUUGAAAGAGGGAUAUACGAGUUUAGAUACCACAGUUCUAGCGGUCAUAAAGUUUUGAUGAUGUCUCCCCCAUUCAAAUUAAAUUUUCCAGUUCUUGAUUUACAUUCUUCUAAGAGCUUAUACGACUCAACAAUGAAGUUUUUGGAAAACUGUCAUUGCUUAAAUCAGGAAGGCCUGUUUGAUCCAAAUAGCAAUAAAAGAUUUACCGAAAGAGUGCUACAAAAGCUAUUCAGAUACUCCACGGGUGCUGACAUCUCAUCUGAUUAUAUGAAGCGUGUUAACUAUGAUAUGCAAGUGAUCACCGAAAGAAUCUUUGAGAUGAAGAAAAUAUUAGAUUCCCUGCAAUGA